UUGUCUCUGGUUGGGCUUGUUUAGUAUUUUUUGCUGUCGAAUAUGAAGUGUUGACUGACGUUUAACAUUUCCGAACAUUUCUUUCAAUUUCUUAUAAACAAAGAGCAGUCGUUGAAUUAUUUUAAUCAAGAAAAUCAUGGGUGAUUCGAAGGAUUCUGAAAAGACGUAUUUAUUGAACGAAGAUGCUGAUAACAAAUUGUAUACACCUGAAACCGACUCGACUAUUCCUUCCCGACAAGGCGAACAAACAACGGUUUCACCAAUUGGGCCUGAUGAAUUGCCUCCACCUUUUUAUCAGCCUUCCGAAGGAGGAAAUGGAGUGCCAAUGGUUACCUGUAGGGUCUGCCAGGCUAUGAUUGAUAUUUCUGGGAAGAGGGAUCAACAUGUUGUAAAGUGCAGUCAGUGUAAUGAGGCCACGCCAAUCCGCAAUGCUCCUCCUGGCAAAAAGUAUGUGAGAUGUCCCUGCAAUUGUUUACUGAUCUGUAAGAGUUCAUCUCAACGGAUUGCUUGUCCAAGGCCAAACUGUAAGCGUAUAAUCAACUUAGCUCCUAGCCCUGUUACGCCACCAGUACCGUCUAUGCCUGGUAUGUGCAGAGUAACUUGUGGACACUGUCAUGAUACCUUCUUGUUCAACACUCUCAACAAUUCCCUGGCUAGAUGUCCGCAUUGCAGGAAGGUCUCGUCUGUGGGUGCCGAUUUUGCCAAAGGCAGAAGCAACAUAUUCUUGGUGGUUUCUGUGAUUUUUAUUCUGAUCGGAAUUGGCCUCACCCUUGCAACUUACAGCUAUGCCCGUAACAACCACAGUAUUAUGUACAUUAUCUAUGUUGGCAUCUUCCUUUUUGCAUUCACCAUGCUAGCCCGCUGCAUUUAUUACUGUUCGAUGAAGGUGAGCGUCAUAGAGGGGCCCAUGUAAGUAAAACCGGAUAAGGCCAAUUCCAUCUGCUUAAAUACUAUGAUUCGAGGUGUAAUUUUUCCGAACCCUUUUAUUUGUGAUUCGUUCGGCUCAUGGUAUCGUCACUUGUGAAAAGUAAUUUUAGACCGUAUUAUAUUUAGUUGUAAGAUGCCACUUGUGGUUAACUUCGGUAACUGACUGAUCCAAUCGUGGGCUUUGCGAGAAUUAUGUUGUGAAUGCUGCACUCAUUAUUCAAUUUUUCAGUACAAAAAUUCUUCUUACGAGUAUAUUCCUAUUCCUUAUUCUUCGUAAGAUCAAGGCAUUCAGUAUGGAUUUUUGUUCUUGGUUUUUAAUACUGUUAUUUUAAUGGUUGAGCUAUUAAUUUAUCAAAUCGUCUCUAUUCAAUUGGUAACAUUUUUCCGAUGCUUGAUGUAACUAUUUUUCCAUAAAAUCCAAAUUGUUGAUUGAAAAUUUAUUGAAUUUUGUGAUUUUUUGUACUGCUUUCUAAAAAGUAAUUUUGUGAAAUUUGUUGUAUUUUCGUCAUUCAAAUUGUCUUUUGUAUACAAAAAGAUGAUUUUUGAUUGAUAAAUUAUUCAAAAACAAUACACAAAUUUUCUCAUCUCAAAUAUUUAUUUUUCUGUAUCACGAAUAUUUUUGCUCCUUGUAUUUUAAUCGAUAUUAUGAGCCUUUGUCAUAUAAUCAAAUAAUUAACAAUUGAUAAUUAGGUUUUCUAUUAGAAACUAAGAUUAUAUCUUACAUUGUAUAUAAUAUAUUGGCUGCUUUGAAGUAAGCAUGAAAUUAGUCUGAAUAGAAAUGUGAUAAAGAACAAUCGAUCUAUAUUUUACUGUUUCUUUGUUCACUCCCCAAACUGAGACUAAAGGUAACAUUAAUAAACCUUUUUUUUUGUUUAUUCAUUCACCACAUUUGUUUGCCUCCUAUAUAUAAAUCCGAAAAAUGUAGAAUUUUUCUAUUUUUAGGAGGGCCUUAGUCAUACAUUUUAAAGAGAAUAUUUCCCUUCAAGAAUUAAAUAAUUGUCAUAUUGAUUAAUAUAUUUUGUCCAAAUAAGUGGAAACUGUGUGUGAGAGUUAUUAAUAAAGUAUUUUAGGUUAA